AUGACAGAGGAAGAUGAAAACCUCUAUUGGGUAGAGCAGGAAGAACUGGCCGAGAAUCAGGCUGGGAUCCACCGCAGCCAACGCCGACAGGCUUGCAAGGCUGCUAGAAAUCCUGAUGAGAUCAAUGAUCUCCCCGAGUACAUCGCAAAAACUGCGGCAGAAGUCAAGGCGAUAAAGUCGCAGAUUCACCACGCGACAAAUGCUGCACCCGAGAUCGACAGACUUCUCGUGAAAGCGCGGAAAACUCCGGAAACCUCAGACGUCGAACUUUGGAGUCUAUCUCAAAGAGAAAACGAACCACUCCGCGAAUUCAUGAACAGGUUCAAGCUGGUAAUGGCAAGAGUCACUGGAAUCAGCGACAAAGUGGCAGUCGACGCUUUGCGGAAAACUCUCUGGUACAGGUCAAAACUCCGACAAUGGAUAUCCCUUGAAAAACCGAGAACAAUCCAUGACGCUCUUCACAAGGCAACGGAUUUCAUCAUGAUGGAAGAAGAGAUGAAAGUCCUCUCCCAGAAGUACAACCCGCAUAAGACGUCUGCGAGAAGGAAAAACCCUCGUAAUGACAGGUAUGUCCACCACGAGGGAGAAGAUCUCCAGGGCGAGCAUAAUUACGCUAUCAACUCCGAACAGAAAAAGACUUCCGGAAAUACCUGGACUAGGAACCAGUUCAAGGAUAAUUCCUACUGCGAGUUCCCCCAGACCAGAGUUCAUUCCACUAUGAACUGCAAGGUUCUCGGCACAAGUCUUGCUGCGAAGCUCCUCGCCGGCAAAAUUUCGAAGGUCACAUGCAUAAAAGACCACCUCCUGGAUUCCGACCGCCCUCCCAAAACUGAUAAAGAGUCCCCCGAAAACGACACCCGCGAAAAUCAGUCGGGCGAGAAACGCAGAAGGAGGCAGGAUGACCGAGGAAACGACAGCAACCGUCGAAGGGUGAGCAUGAUCAUUGGGGGAUCGCAAUUUUAUCGCGAUUUGAUCUCGUCGAUCAAAGCUUAUGGACGUAAGGCUGAGAAGAGUUCAAGCUGGCUGGCUCGGUCCCCAACCGACGACGCCCCUAACGAUAUGAUCGUCUUUGAAGAGCGGGAAACCAUCAAAAUCGACAAACCUCACUGCGACCCAUUGGUUAUCGAUCUGGUAAUCCGAGACCUGGAAGUGGGUAGGAACCUUAUCGACACGGGAAGCACAGUCAACGUCAUCUUCCGUGAUACCCUCCGGAGGUUGAACAUCGAACUCGGAGAAGUCGUCCCGGAACCAAAACCUCUCACCGGUUUCUUAGGUGCAACGUCUAUGACCCUCGGAUCAAUCAAGCUCCCGGUGAUGGCUAAAGAGGUGACGAAAAUCAUUUACUUCGCGGUAGGCGAUAACCCGGCCAUCCACAAUGUCAUCAUGGGAACUCCUUGGAUCAAUGCCAUGAAAUCGGUACCGUCGACUUACCACCUUGGCAUCAAGUUCCCAACUCCAAACGGAACAGCUGCAUCGACUCCAGACAGCGACAUAGUCCCCGAGUCCAUCGCCUUGCCAGCGGACAGCCCGACUCCUGAAACGGUCGUCGAUCCAAAUGAAGCCCCAACGGCUGAAAUAUUAUCCAAAUACACAGUCCGUCCGUGA